AAAAGCGCAAUACGUGCCAGCGUGACGUUUCGCGGCGCGCGAACGUUCUCCAACGACUCCAACGCUGAGACAAAUGUCGCGAACGGGUGAACGUAGGUGAACAAUAUUGUUAAAAAAAUCGCGCAUAUCUUGCUAAUCCGGUGCAUGUCGAUCUAGUUCGAAUCGUGAUUCCGAUCAUCGCCGGCGUUCGACAGGAUAGAGCAACGACGUAAAAUCGGUGCGCGAGAUGUAAAAUCGCAGUUGUUUGGAAAGGAGCGAGAGGAGUCGUUCAUCGAGCCGUCACCCGAUAAUAUUCGACGGGUCGAGAAGUUCAUCGUUUACCACGCGUCGAAGACGUCGUCCGGGACUGCCGGAGUGGAAUUCCCUCGCGACUACCGGAAGCGACAGGUUGUCGGUGUCCGCGCCGCACGCGCAACUGCGACUCCGUUCGUUUGUUUUUCGACGCACCGGCCACCACGUAUCUCCCCAAGAUUCGGUCUCGCGUCGUCGAGUGCCUUUGCGCGACGUUCGCGAUUUUGUCGCCCGCUGCGUUCACCCACGACAUGGCUUUGUACGGACGAUAUUGUGGUAGGAACAAUCAGGAGCUCGUGCAACAUCUGCGGCGGUCCAGGGUGAUCAAAUCUGACAGAGUAUUUGAAGUAAUGAGUUCUGUGGACAGAGGAAAAUACACUCAUCCCGCCAAUGCCUACAUAGACGCACCACAAGGAAUCGGUUUUGGUGUUACCAUCAGUGCUCCUCACAUGCACGCGUAUGCCCUGGAAUUGCUUGAAGAAAAGCUGCGUAACGGCACAAGGGCAUUGGACGUUGGUUCUGGAUCCGGAUACUUGACAGCAUGCAUGGCUCUUAUGAUGGGACCGCAGGGAGUGGCCGUUGGAAUCGAUCAUAUUCCAGAGCUUCGAGCAAUGGCAGAAGAGAAUAUUCGGCACGACCACCUAGAACUUUUGACCGACGGACGCGUAGAAUUAGUUGUUGGUGAUGGAAGAUUGGGAUAUCCAAAUCGCGGACCAUACGAUGCUAUUCAUGUGGGAGCGGCCGCUAAAGAAAUGCCGCAAUCGUUGAUAGAUCAAUUGGCACCUGGUGGACGUUUAAUAGUACCUAUGGGUCCAGAAAAUUCGGAUCAAACCUUAGUGCAGAUCGACAAGACUCUGGACGGCAAAAUCAAGCAGCGAUCCCUUAUAAGCGUGGUGUUUGUUCCUCUCACUGACAAGGAACGACAGUAUCGUCGAUCAUGAGGCACGUGCCUGCUCCAAUGAGUGAGCGCCAUUUUAUUUAUGUUUGUGAUUACGUUUAUUACUUUGUUAUUUUAAAAUCUCAUGCGAAACAGCUCUAUUCGCGUAAAAAAAUAUUUACAUAUAAAAUUAUUUAAAUUGUAUCACAAUCUGUAAGCACUAUACUGAAACAUUUUUGCACAGCAUAAUUGUUACGAAUUAUUUAAAUUAAUUAAAGCUUAAUCAAAAUCUAGCCAUCAGAAUAAUUAUAUUAGAA